GUAAUGAGCAGUCACAGGUUGGGAUCAGGCAGAAGCGUAGUCGAGAACAAGCCAAGGUCGGUAAUGAGCGGUCGCAGGUUGGGAUCAGGCAGAAGCGUAGUCGAGAACAAGCCAAGGUUGGUAAUGAGCAGUCGCAGGUUGGGAUCAGGCAGAAGCGUAGUCGGGAACAAGCCAAGGUCGGUAAUGAGCAGUCUCAGGUUGGGAUCAGGCAGAAGUGUAGUCGAGAAGAAGCCAAGGUCAGUAAGGAGCAGUCGCAGGUUGGGAUCAGGCAGAAGCAUAGUCGAGAAGAAGCCAAGGUCGGUAAGGAGCAGUCGCAGGUUGGGAUCAGGCAGAAGCGUAGUCCAGAACAAGCCAAGGUCGGUAAGGAGCAGUCGCAGGUUGGGAUCAGGCAGAAGUGUAGUGGAGAACAAGCCAAGGUCAGUAAUGAGCAGUCGCAGGUUGGGAUUGGGCAGAAGUGUAGUCGAGAACAAGCCAAGGUCGGUAAGGAGCAGUCGCAGGUUGGGAUCAGGCAGA